AUGGGGGCGAGUCGUUCCGAUGGCUCUUCGAAAGAGCGCUUGAAAUGGACCCAAGAACUUCACAGUCUCUUCGAGAAGGCGGUUAACCAGCUUGGUGGUCCAGACAGGGCAACACCAAAGGGUAUUUUGAAGGCUAUGGGCAUUCCUGGACUCACUAUUUUCCACGUUAAAAGCCACUUGCAGAAAUACAGGAUGUCAAAGUUCAUCCCAGAAUCACCCAACAGGGGCAACAGGUUUGAAAGGAGAAGCAUAUCUGAAAUAUUGCCAAACUUCAGCGCAACAUCAGGCGCUCAACUUAACGAAGCACUGCAAAUGCAAAAAGAAGUGCAAAAGCGGCUGAGUGAUCAGCUUGAAGUUCAAAGGAGUUUGAAGAUGAAAAUCGAGGCUCAAGGAAGAUUUCUAGAGAGAAUUGCAAACGAACACAAAAACAGGGCGGCAAAUGCAAAACCAAGCAAGCCUUACUCUCCAGCUGCAUCCCUGCCUUCUCUGUGCGAGGAGUCCGACUCUGAGGUAGACAGAAACGAAAUACGACCUGCUGUUGCUGCUGCUGCAGAAUUUCGAGCAGCAAAGAGGAUAAGGAUAGAAGAUGACGAUGCUUUGCUACAAAAAUGCGACCUUGAAUCCUACAACAACGGCCAUCAGAGCCCGUUUCUCCUCAGAGGAUUGAACAGCCCGUGUUGGGCUCAUGAAAUGGGAUAUCCAUGGGGCGUUGCAACCCAGUCUCCCAUGUUGCCGGCACUGUAUGAUCCUCUAAACUGA